AUGAACUCAACCCAAGAAUUAUUCUUCACUUCAGUAACGUUCGUUCGAGAAGUAAUUCCGGGUCGAUAUCAAAUCUACAACGUUUGCGUCGAUGAGCCAAAGAUAGUAUCAGAUGGCAUAUGGGCUAAUCGCACUACCGGUGCAUUACCUACACAUUCUACUUUUACAAUGCUGGAGCUCCAAAUACUUAUCAUUUUCGUCAUCACGCAAAUCUUUCAUUUCUCUUUCAAGCGCUUGGGGCUGCCUUAUUUCAUUUCGCAAGUAAUGACUGGUUUUCUUCUAGGCCCGUCGAUUCCAACAGGACCAAUGGAAAAGUACAAAAAGAUGUUAUUUCCAUAUGGAAGCCCGGAUAUACUGAACACUAUAUCAUCAUUUGGGUUCUCAAUGUUCCUGUUUCUAAAUGCAGUGCAAAUGGACUUCACCUUGAUAACAAGAACUGGCAAGAAAGCUUGGGUAAUAGCUCUUUCCACAUUAAUCACACCAAUGGCUGUUGGUUUUUUCUUAACAAAAACAUUCUUCCCCUUAUGGGUUCGAAUAAUUGGGCCAGAGGAAGCAGAAACCUUACCUGUAACAUUUAUAUCUCACUGUGGUGGUUCCUUCGCUGUCAUAGCCUCUUUGCUCAGUGACCUUGGAAUCCUCAACUCUGAACUCGGACGCCUCGCACUAUCCGCAGCAUUUUUAAACGAUAUUUCAGGUGCAGUUGUGGCAGGACUUGGAACCGCAAUUGUAAGCAGCCAAGGAUUGUAUUUACCAAUUAUAAAUGUGGGUUAUUUUCUUGCGUUUCUAAUCACAGUUCCAUUGAUUGGGCGUCCAGCAAUGAGAUGGGUAGUGAAAAAAACACCAGAGGGUCGACCUGUGAAUAAGAUAUAUAUUAACAUUAUCAUCCUAGUGCUUCUGCUAUUGGGUCUCGUUGCAGGGUAUUUUCACCAACCUUUCUUGGUUGGUGCACUUGUUUUUGGGCUUGCUGUCCCAGAAGGUCCUCCUUUGGGGUCUGAAUUGGUUUACCAACUUGAAUUGUUCUCCACGUGGUUUCUCUUGCCCAUUUUUGUUACUAGUUGUACCAUGAAGGUUGAUCUUACCCAAUGUGGACCUCUCUCUUUGGUUUUGGUCAUGUCCUCCUUCAUCAUUAUGGUCCAUUCAAUUAAAUUUAUGCUGUGCUCCGGAAUUUGUCGCUACUGCAAGAUGCCCUACUCUGAUGGUCUCUGCCUUGCUCUCAUCUUGAGCUGCAAAGGUGUUGUCGAUCACUGCACCUUUAUCCUUGUCUACGACGGACUGAAACAAACUCCACAUGCAAUAGGUGUUAUGACUAUCUCAGUAUUGAUCGUGGGAACAAUUUCACGAUUCGGAGUGAAGUCCUUGUACGACCCAAAAAGGAAAUACGCAGGGUAUCAAAAAAGGGACAUAAUGAACUUGAAGAAAAACUCAGAGCUUCGUGUUGUUGCAUGCAUCCACAAGCGAAGCCACAUAAAUCAAAUAAAGAAUGUCCUCGAGCUUUGUACUCCAGCACCAGACAAUGCACUUGUAGCAGAUGUGUUACAUCUCAUGGAACUAGUUGGAAGAACCACUCCAGUUUUCAUUGCACAUCGCCUUCAACAAAGGGGAAGGUCAACCCGCAACUACUCUGAAGAACUCAAUGUAGUCUUCGACCUUUUUGAGCGUGAAUAUGCAGGUUCAGCAACAGCCAACACCUACACAGCAAUAUCUCCAGUGACCCUUAUGCAUGAGGAUGUGACUCAGCUUGCAUUGGACAAACUUGCAUCCCUUAUAAUUCUUCCAUUUCAUAUAAGAUGGGCAGAGGAUGGUUCCAUUGAAUCAGAGGACACUAGAAUAAGGUCACUGAAUUCUAAUGUUUUGGAAAGAGCACCAUGCUCAAUUGGGAUUCUAGUGAACCGUGGCUCUUCUAGUUUUAAUUUAACGAGUUAUAAAGUGGCCAUGAUUUUCUUGGGUGGGCCAGAUGAUAGAGAAGCUUUGUGUUUGGCUAAAAGGUUUGCUAAAAACUCUGAUAAUAGAUUGUUUGUGUAUCGGUUACUUGCACAUGAUAAUGAUUCUAUAGAUUGGGAGACUAUGAUUGACGAUGAGGAGUUAAGGGAGGUGCGUGGAGCUUAUAUUAAACUUGAAAAUGUGACAUAUGAAGAAAUAAUUAUCCAGGAUGCAUCACAAACAACAACUUUCCUUAAGGAUAUGGCAAAUAAAUUUGAUUUUAUUGUAGUUGGAAGACGUAAUGGGGUCCAAUCUCCUCAGACACUUGGAUUGGAAGAUUGGACUGAAUUUACAGAAUUGGGUGUGAUUGGUGAUUUGCUUGCUUCACAAGAUAUGGAGACUAAAGCUUCAAUUUUGGUUGUGCAACAACAACAAACGACGUCUUUGUCGUGA